AUGGGCAACGUUAGCAGCGUGCCCGAUGAGGGCGCAGCUCUCUAUCUUAAAGAUCAGAAUCGCUCUAAUCCCAAACGGCGCACCGCAAUAAACAUCGUUCCGAAUGCAUUCCCGGCUACAAGAGUAUCCCCAUCGCGGUCUUCAGGCGACCUUACCCCAAUCGAGUUCGUCCUGGACCCCGAACCACCCAGCCACGGUGCUGGUCCUUCCUUCUUGUUGAAGCUCGCCAACGAUGACGAGCUCGUCUUCACAUUCACCUUCAUCAUCCGCCGAUCACAGAGCGUCGUCCACAAUCCGGUCGGCGGCGUUGAUACCGUCACCCCAAUAGAUACCCAGAUCAACGGCCUGACCUUUGUCUUUGCGUCAACACCCCGCGAAGUCGAGAACCUGGUAACCCGCGAGUUCCAUGCCGAUCCAAAUCUUCACAAGAAUGCCAAUGUCGCGCUCGUUGGGAGCUACUCGACCGAAGGCAGCCCCUCAGUGACGUUCGACUGGACAUGGCGCUGGAAACCACCCAAGCAUACCGAAGACCGCGGCGGCGGCUGGAGGAAUUCAUGCAGCGUCGGUAGCCUUAAGCUCCUACCAUUCGCUACAAUUGCUGAUAUCAGCCACAACACCUCGUCCCACCUGAGCCAACCCAACUCCCCGACUCCUCUACUCCUUAGCGCUCCGCCCAAAGUCCGUGUUGUGUCUGCGCAGUCUCUCGAGUCUCAGAUCAGUACCAUCCCAGAACAUGAAGAGAUUGCAUCACCACAACAUGUUGGCAGCGAACCGAGUAACGCCCCGCCUCCUGCGCCGCCAGCUCCGAAAGAGCCGAUCAAGGUCGAUGUCUCUUGCCCGCGACCAGGAGAGGACCUGACCUUGCCAGACGAUGGACCGGUUUUCCGUGCCACCAUGAAGGCCCUGGAACAGAAGACGGGCAACAUGCGGAUGCAGAUGAAGAGGUUGAUCAAAAAAGCCGAAUACGUGUAUCAGACGCAACAAGAGGCCAAUGACGCCUUUGCUUCUUUCAUGGAUGCUCUGAAGGAGGUGUCGGCAACCAACGCGAACGCUGUCCAGCCCGCCAUCGAGCACUACUUCGACAAGAUCGCUCGCGAGAUCCUGUCGUACGAGCGGCAGAACACCACAAACAUGCAAAAGAUCGUCAUAGACCCGGUGAACAAGCUCUACCAAAUGGACAUCAAGCAGGCCGAGGCUAAGAAGCGCGACUUUGAAGAAGAGAGCAAGGAGUUUUACGCCUACGUCAGCCGGUAUUUGGGCCAGCGGCAUGAUUCGGUAAAGGCGAAGCAGAGCGACUCCAAGUACCAGACGAAGCGCAAGAACUUUGAGCUCAAGCGGUUCGACUAUUCGUCUUUCAUGCAAGACCUUUCCGGCGGCCGCAAGGAACAGGAGAUCUUGUCCCACCUCACCAAAUACGCGGAUGCGCAAGCGAAAUGCUUCCUAAGCACCGCGAAGCGGGUUGACGAGCUGAUCCCACAGCUCGAAGCGCUCUCUACGGAGGUCCAGGAGGCGGAUAAGGAGUAUCAAUACCAACGGCGGGAGCGAGAGGAAAAGAGGAGGCUUCUGGAGAAGAGCAACUCCGCGUAUGCCGAGCCUGAGCAGCCCUUGACUGCGUCAGGACCUGUCCUCGCCGGCGGUCACUCAAACGGGACUCAGCCGAACUCGGAAACCGAGAUGGGCCGCGCAGACAGCACUGGCUCGCAGCUCAGGCCGACUCGUUCCAUCAACUCGAGCAACUCUCCCAGCACUGCGGACUUAUCCAGGUCUACCGGCGGCCUCGGCCAGCAAGCCGUCACCAGCCCCGCCCAUAACAGCAAGUUCAAGGGCAUCCGUGACCUCGAGGAGCGGGACCCCAACCAGGCGAUACAGUCCGAUAAGGAUGCGCCGAAUAGAAAAGAAGGUCUGCUCUGGGCCCUCAACCGUCCCGGCGGUCAUGUCGAUCCGCGGAAUCUAAACAAGCAGGGAUGGCACAAGUUCUGGAUCGUACUUGACCAAGGAAAGCUGUCAGAGUACAGCAACUGGAAGCAGAAGCUUGAUCUCCAUAUGGACCCCAUCGACCUGCGUCUUGCUUCGGUACGGGAGGCUAGAAACGCGGACAGGCGUUUCUGCUUCGAAGUCAUCACGCCCCAAUUCAAGCGCGUCUAUCAAGCUACAUCCGAAGAGGACAUGUAUAGCUGGAUAACGGCAAUCAACAACGCGCUGCAGAGCGCCGUCGAGGGCCGAACGUUCAAGGACAAGCCUUCGACGGCCCAUUCAGACCUGGGCUUCAAUGGCGUGGAUAUCGGCUCGAUGCUGGUGGGCAAAAGCUCGUCUGUCAGCCACGGCAGUCACUCAAGCAGCGCCAUCCCAUUCAGGCGAACAACUGUCGGCGCUCGGCCUAGCACUUCGCGUGGCGCCAAUUUCGAGGACAAGCCGGAUAAGCUUUUGCAGAUGCUGCGCGAGAACGACCAGGGCAAUUGCUGGUGUGCCGACUGCGGGUCCAGCAACAAGGUCGAAUGGGUUUCACUCAACCUCGCCAUCAUAGUUUGCAUCGAGUGCAGCGGCAUCCACCGGUCUCUGGGAACCCAUGUCAGCAAGAUUCGGUCUCUGACACUCGACACGACCUCGUUCACGCCGGAUAUCAUCGAGCUGCUUCUCCUGGUCGGAAAUAGGGUUUCCAACAUGGUCUUUGAAGCCAGGCUGGACCCAGCCAUGAAGCUGACCCCCCAGGCCAACCGGGAGCAGCGGCUCAAGUUCAUCAGCGCCAAGUACGUCGAGCGCGCCUAUGUCGAGCCCAUCUCGGCAACCCUGUCAAGGUUCGCCACGCCGGAAGAAACCCUUCUCGCCGGCAUCAAGCGCAACGAGAUCCAGCAGAUUCUCUACGCCCUGGCUCUCCGGGCGAAUCCCAACGUGACGGACAAGUCCCGUGGCACUCACGCCAUCUACUUAGCCCUCGCGGCAGCAGACCCAGCGCCACCCUCACCGGUCCCAUCGCAGUCCCUAGCCCCUCAGACGCCAACCGUCGAGCGCGUGGUGCCCUUCCCGGUAGCCGAGCUCCUCAUCCAGAACGGCGCCGAGAUCCCGGACUCGCUACCCCAAGUGCCCCUCAGCAUGGCUGCGCAGGCCUACAUCGAAAUGAAGCGGGGCCGCAAAGCCGCCAUUGACGGGUCCGGGUCGUACGACUCGUCGCCGAGCGCUGCCACGGCCAUGUCGAGCCAGAACGACAAGGUGCAGCGGGAUCGCGACUCGCGGCUGCAGAAGCGCGUCAGCGCCGGCGGCAGGCUGGCCAAGACGCCGAUUCCCGAACGCUAGAGCGCGUGGGGGUUCGCCAUCGUGGCGUGUGGCAUGCCGGGCUUUCGGAGAGGGAGGGGAAGGAGGGAUUAUUCUUCUUGAUUUGGCCGUUUUGGGCUUCUGUAUCCUUCUUCCCUUUUUUUCCCCCCUCCCGUGGAUCGCACUGCGUUGCAUUGUGUUGUGUUCAUGAGUACCUUUCUCUUUCCUUAUUUUUUUUUGUUUCGUUUUCUCUGCUGGCUAUUGCUUCCCUUGUUUCCCUUUUACUCCUGUAUGAGUUUGUAAUGACAGGAUGUCUGUAUCAUGUCGAAGCGGGUUAUUGCUCGCUAUUCACGAUGGCGAAGGGAAUCGAGAUCUCACAGAGCUCUGUUCACCCUUUCGCCUUUGUGUCCUGCGAACUGAUUUGCGUAUGGGCCGAAUUCGAGACAUAGGACAUAACACAAGCUGGGGAAGGCAACCGGGCUGGAUCAGACUACCGAGAUGGACGGAUUUGGACAUGGGUUGGCUGCGUUCAAGGAGUUGGCGGCCUUUUCUCUUUUAAACGAAAUGGAAGAGGUCGAUGGAUGGACGGCCUAGGGAUGAACGGAUGGAGUGGGGAGGCUGGUGGCAGGAGUGUGAGGAGUUUCUGUAUGGUACAUUAUCUUUUGUUUUGGUUUGAACCACUCUGGCUUGCGGCGUGCAUGGAUCAAGGCAGGACGCAUGGGCUGGGCUGGGACUUUGUAGGCAUAAUCUUAAUGAAUGAUCAGUCAGACAGUCGGUAGCUUC